AUGCAUGUUUUCUACCUUCGGUUGGGUAUCUUUCUUCUCUCCGUUUGCGUCAUCCUGAUCAUCUCGUGCUCUGUAGGAACUGUCAUGGUGGCAUUUACAUUGACAGGUUCCCAUCAUCAAGAUUGUUUUGCUUCGGAAUGUAAAAUCGCAACAAGCACAUGUGCAGGAAGAGGAACUUGUAAGGAUACAACAAUUAUGAGAUACUAUCUCAGGAAAGAUAAUUAUUCAAUAACAGUAGAACAAGAAGAAAAGGUUGAAUUUCCUUGUUCGAUUCUAGACGAAACUAAUGUCGUUGUUCUGACCAAUUCUACACCAAUACUUGGAUGUUACUACAAUAACGCGAGUGAUUUUACAAUGGCCAUGACGUUUGGAUUGAAUGGGAAUGCGGAAAUUAAGAUUGUAGGAAUAGUUAUAUUAGGAUUGGCAAUUAUUUUAUUUGUAGUAUUAGCCAUAAUGUCAAUUGUGUUUAUUGUUUAUGCUUUUAACACAUUUGAUCCUUUGGUAACCUAUAUAUUGAGGAGGAUGGCAGGCGAGCCUGAUCCUUCGUAG